AUGGUACGAGGCGGCGGAACGCGGCGUGCAGGCUGCGCAACUUUUUACCGGCGCGUGGCGUCCGCCGUGUUUUUUGGCGGACGUGUCCUUCCACUACGCCGAGACAGGUUGAGGCCAGCGCGCUGCGGCCCGGCGACGCCCUGCGGCCGAGCGGAGGCCAGAGGCGGGCGCGUGGUGGGCGCGGUGGAGGCGUCUUCGCUGACGCGGGCGGCGUUCCCGUGCUGCUGGCGGGCGCGGAGGCUGGCCGUGGCGGGCGUGGGCGUGGAGGAGGAAGGCGAGGGCUGCGGGCGACGGUGCGCGGGCCGGCGGGCGGGCGCGCGCCGCUGGAGAGGGCGGCCUGUGCAGCGCUCCUGGAGCAGCCGCAGGCGUGUUCGUGGGGCCUGUGGGCGUACUCACGGUGAGUGGGCGUGGGGCGGCGCGGCGCGGGCGGCGGCGGCGGGGGGCGAGUGGGCGCGCGAGUGGGGCGUGAGCGCGGGGCGGUGUGCGCCCACGCCAACCUCUUCACGGUGGCGCUCAACGUCGCCGCACGCUCCCGAGCAGCUUGCGCGCGACAAGGCCGCCUCACUCACGAGCGCUGCUUGGCCGCGGAAUCCGCUGCGCUCUCUGACCCGGGCCAGGUGGUCCCGCCCCCGCCCCGCCGCGACGCCCGCCCCGCCCGCCCGCCCGGCCCCGCGCGCAGACGGGGGCGACGCGCAGGCCAAGGAGCGGGCGAGGGAGCUGGCGCUGCGCUACGCCUUCGUCACGUCCGUCACUUCGUUGGUCGUCGUCAAGCCAGACGACCAGACGGGCGUCGCCGACCUGCGCGAUGCUGACGAAUGCGCCCUUCCGAGUCUGAUGAGCGUUGCUCAGCCGUCACAUGUGCGCUCAUGGUGCGGUCCCCAGAUGAUGUGCAGUACGCUUCGAUCCUGUCGCUUCAUCUCUGCACCAUCGCCCUUGUACCAGUCAUCAUGUGCAUACACCGCCACUAAUUACGAUGCCAACCUUGCCGUACCCAAUUAUACAGGUGCACUUGCUCUCCAGGAUGGUGUUGAAAGCGGCAACAGCUCUUUCUCGGAAGAAGGAGUUUGGACCUUCGAAGAUCCACGCGGCGACAUUAAAAGUCUGGAAGUGAGGUGUGACGUCGUCCACCGCUACGCCCGGGCAGAAGUGCUGGGUGCCGUGGAGAAUCCGGCCGACGAGUCGAAGGUGCUGAUGUUCGGUGUGCUGCUUCCUGAAGAAGCUUUCAUUUCAGGCUUUGAA